UAUUUUGAGAAGCCUGGUAUAAAUCUGUUUUUUUUUUACGAAUUCGUACAACGGCAGAAUGGACCCAAACGGCAGCAACCAGACAGCGGUUCAGCCAUCAGCAAGCGAGAUUGUGCAGAACUUCAUCGUGGGCGUGGACACUGGGCUUGUGCGUGCAGAUCUAGCCGAUGACUGCAUGCUCAGCCUUUUCGGGCGCCAAAUUAGGGGCGUCGUGGCUGUGACGGGCUUCAUCCGCACCCAGAUAUUUAACCGCUUCAAGCACAUUGGCUUUGAAGACGCCCGCCCCUGCACUCCAUCGAAGGAGGUAUUCAUUAAGGAGUGGUUUGGUCCAACUUUCGAGCGAGUGCGCCGCCGGAUGCACGAGCAGAAGGAACGAGAACGCGCCAUUUCGGAGGGACGGCGCAUUGCGGUGGGCGAUUCGGAAGGGGAGGAGGAGGCGCUGUCACGCAGUUCCCCCCAUCUCGCUACACCACCACGUCCGGCCAUCAGACCCGCCAUGGAUAUGCUGCAGUACGUCGAGGCCAGGGGUGUGAUGGAGGACGUCGAGGGGAACAGAAAUGACGGCGGCAUUCAGCUGUACGACACGCAGCACGUCCUGUUGACGCUGGGAUAUCGUCAAACUGCGACGGCCAGCAUUAGCCUGCGCGACAUUGAAGUCUGCCUGGCCAUUUACGAGGACUACCGCACAUUUCCACGACAACGCCAACGCGGAUCUGUUGCCAUCUCAAGCAAUCCCCUGACAGAUGACGAGGCCGAAGAACCAGCCAGCAGCCAUCCGCUUAGCCAUCUGCGCAGUGUGCGGCGUACUCUCUUCGCUAGGGCUGAGAGCGAGGAGCCGGAGCAAAACCCAUUGGAGGAUUCAGUCGAGCCCGUUCCGGUGGAGCCCUCUCCCUCCAGCUCGCAGUCCCAGUGCGAGUCCCAGGACCAAGUGCCACGAAUCCCGCCGCCGCCUGCUAGAGAUGGCACAGGAGAAAUGCCCGCCAGUUCCAGUGCUGGAUACACAACACGCAAGCGCCAGCAGCAGCGUGAAACCGAGGUGGCGCCCAAGCGACCGGGACGCUACGGCCUGCGCUUCUAGGACCAAUGUUUAGGUCCAUUAAUCAGCUUUUCAGUUAAGUUUAUUAUGUAUUAGUUUCAGUUUUAGAACCCGAUAGCACAAUUUGUAAAUUAGUCUAUGAAAUUCGCCCUUAUAUAUCGGCAUUUUUGUAUGCUAUGCAUACGAAAUCCCAUCCCACACCCCAAACACAUUCACCCAACACACCCGCGCCCACCGUUUAGGCAAGGCAAGAGUAUUCUAGAUGCUAAAGACUGAUUCCACUUAUUUGGGCAACACACUCCCCUAUUCCCUAAACUCCCAACCCACUAUUCUCAAUUCCACAAUUAUGUACUGUGUUUACAUAAAUUUUAUAUUAUAAACUUAUUUAUUGAAUUUCGAUGUUAUAAA